AUGUCUGAACAUGACGAUACCCUCUGUGAUGAAACCAGUGCUGAAUCAGAUGGCAACAUGGAACAGGUGCCCUCUCUAGAAAAAAAAAUCCUGAAAAAACUCCUGCAAAACUUAAGUUUGACAAAGUACUAUGAUAAGAAGAUCACCUUGAGUGAUGUGCUGCAGAUUGGAAAGGACAGCAUCACAGAUGAGGAUGCCCAAACAGUUUCAGAUCUGCCAUGGGUGAUUUUGAAGAGAAUAAUGAUGCUAAAAACAACAGCGAGGAGUGUGAAGUGUUCCUCACAACACAGGGCAGAUGCUGAUGAUUCAGACUGGGAGGAAGAUGAUGACCAGGAAAGUUAUGAAUCAGACGGUGCUCAAGUAAACCCUUUGGACAUUUUUACUGCCCUGUUCCUUUGUUCUGACAGUUUUCUUCAGCAGGAAAUGAUCUUGAAAAUGUCCAUGUGUCAGUUUGCUGUACCUUUGCUGCUUCCAAACAGUGAUAAGAACCAGAUCACACUAAUGGUGUGGGCAAUAAGAGGCAUUGUGCAACAGUACAGACCACAGUCACUGACCGAUGCAAGUGGAUUUGUGGAAGAAAGAAUUGCUCUGUCAGACUUGCCAUUAGUGUCUUUUGUAAGACUGGGUAGAUGCAACAUUUCCAAAUCCCAUAUUUUGAACAAGUUGCUCAGCAAAUCACAACAGUCUACUGAUAUUUUUAUACACCAUAACGUGGAUUGUGGUGAUGUCCCAAAGACAAUCGCAAAUGGUUUGGUGGAGAUUAGCUGGUAUUUUCCUUGUGGUAAUAAAAACAUUGAUGUCUUUCCUGAGCCUGUAGCUAUUGCAAACUUGAGAGGUGACAUCCAGAACUUUGAAAAACAGUACUCCUUUCUUUGCAAGACAUCUACUGCAGUGUUUGUGUUCUUUGAAAACAAACUUCCAGAUCCACGGUAUAUUUCAGUCCCCAGCGAAGAUUUGAAGCAUCAGCUGUUCUGGGUGGGGGACUCAAGCAAUAAAUAUAUAAGAAAUACAGCUGAAAAGCUUAAUCUGAAAAGACACAAUUUCCUCUUUAAAACAAAGCAGAAUGACGCAGACUUUGUCAACAAAUUUCGAAUUAAGAUGCAAGAUGCAAUUCAGAAAAACAUUCACAGAGUGUCAAUCGUCCGUAUGGCUGAGACUGCACGAGAGUUGGGGAUCAUAGUGGAUGAGGAUGCUGAGGAAUGUCAGAAAGCCAAAGCAAGAGCAGAUGAAAUUACAUCAAAAAUUACAGAUACACAACAGUUCAAGAAGAAAGAGAUGCCACUGCAGGGAGAGAUUUCGAAGAUGUUGGCAAAGUUAGAGAAGGAGGAAUGCAGAAUGAAGAAAGUAGGGGAUCAGAGUAUUGAGACGUACAAAGACCACAUUCAGACUGAAAAGUUGAAACUGAGAAAACAACAACACAAAAAGGACAUGUCUGCUAAAAUGAAUACCUUUAUACAAGCAAUAUCAUGUCCAAGAGUGGAAAGAGCUUAUUUCCUAAAAUGGAUGCGGAUGAACCUGGAGAAUCUUUCUCGCAAAGUAAUUCCAAACCUCAGAAAGCAAUAUAAAGAGAAAUGUAGUGUAAAUGUUGUUUUAGAACACAAGCAGGACAUUGCUGAUCUUGACAGAAAGAUUUCAAACAGUUCUUUAGGAACUGAACACUUCAUUCGUGAGAUGGGUCAGCUUUAUGAGGCAGCAGUCUUUCACUCAAAACAUGAAAAAUCCCAAAACCAACUGGAGCACUUGCCUCAACUGUGUGCUGAACUACUAUUGGAUGGCUUUCCACUGGAACUUAUUGAUGGAGAUGCUUCCAGUAUACCUGUAGAGUGGCUGACCAGUGUGUUUUCUGAAUUAAACACAUUAGUGAAGCCUAACAAUAAGAUUGUGGUCGUCACAGUUUUAGGAGUCCAGAGCUCAGGAAAGUCUACCAUGCUGAAUACCAUGUUUGGAGUUCAGUUUGCCGUAAGCAAUGGAAGAUGUACCAGAGGAGCAAUUAUUCAGCUUAUCAAAGUGAAAGACGAUUUCAAACCAGAACUCAACUGUGAUUAUUUACUGAUAGUUGACACAGAGGGACUCAAAUCCCUUGAACUAGCAACACUUGACAACAGCCAGGAGCAUGACAAUGAGCUGGCAACACUUGUUGUUGGACUGAGUGAUGUUACAAUCAUCAAUAUCACCAUGGAGAAUUCCACAGAGAUGAAGGACAUUUUACAGAUUGUUGUUCACGCCUUCAUCAGGAUGAAGGAAAUCGGUAAAAAGCGCAAGUGUUUUUUUGUACAUCAGAAUGUAGGUAAUGUCUCAGCCCAUGAUUCAAACAUCAGAGAUCGACAGUUUCUGUUGAAGCAACUGAAUGAAAUGACUCAAGCAGCAGCCAAAAUGGAGAACAAACUGGAGUUACAGAAGUUCACAGAUGUAAUGGAGUACGACACUGAGAAUGGUGAUCACUACAUUCCUGGUUUGUGGCAUGGAAAUCCUCCAAUGGCACAAGUGAGUUCUGGGUAUAGUGAGUCUGUGUAUGCCCUUAAAAGACAUAUAAUUCAAACCCUCAAAUGUCACAAGUCAGGGAGCAUUUGUGAAUUUCUUGAAUGGACCAAAAUCUUGUGGAAUGCUGUGAAAUUUGAGAAAUUCAUCUUUAGUUUCAGAAACAGCAUGGUGGCUGAUGCCUACAUCAAACUGUGCACUGAGUACAACAGAUGGGACUGGGUACUGAGAAAGGAAAUGCACACAUUGACAUUAGAAGCUGAAACGAAAAUCCUAAACCAUGGAAAAUUUGAGAUCCCUGAUCAGUGCACCAUUGAAGAUGUUCACUGUGUUUUGUUGAAAAGAGCAGAGAGUGACCUCUCAAAAGGUGAAAAGGGCGUUAUAGACAAAAUCACAACAUAUUACGAACAGGGAGAAAAUCAUGUUGAACUCGUGGAAAGAUAUCGACAAGACUUCAUAAAUAGUGCCAAGUGUUUGAGAACAGAACUGUCAAAUUCUAUAAAAAGAAAACUGGAUGCAGCUCUUUCACGUCGAUAUGCAACAGUCAGGGUGGAGAGAAUCAAGAAAACAUGCAUGGAUACAAUGGAGAAGAAAGUGCUAGGCUUGCUUGAAGAUUGCCGCAAAAACAAUUCAGACAUGUCAGAUGAAACACUGGAUAAAGCUUUCGAAAGCAUGUGGACACAAACUGUUGAGACACUUUCAUGUACAAGGCUCCAACAAGAAGAUAUCAUGGGCAAAGUUUUGCAUAAUUUGAGGAAAAAUCUUGAACCAAGAGGAAGUUCAAUGGCUGAAAACUUGGAUAAAGUAAAAGAUUUGAAUGCAUUUAGCCAUGACAAAUUUGUUGUCCCAAAAAUCAAGAGAGUCAGUGAACUUCCUCCAGAUAGGAGCAAAAGACUUCAAGAGAUGUCAGACAGAAUAAUUGAUGAUUGUAAAAAAUAUGUAGAUGACAAGCGAGCAAGCAAGGUUGAUUAUGAUGACACAUACAUCAGGGAAAUUCUGAACAACAUUGAUGAGAAUCUUAAGGCUCAUGAAAAUCACAGGAUCACGGAAGAUCUUGAACUGUCUCUUAAACUACACAUCUGUGGCUUCACGGGAAAAGAAUUUCAAGAUAUUCACUCACAGUUUAUCCAGGACAAUGACCCACUCAUCAGUUUGGAAAGAUUUAAACAAACAUAUCAUUCUGGGUUCAUAGACCUUCUCCAUGAGCGGGACCAGUGUCGGAAAAAAGCUGAUGAAUUCCUGAAUAACUGUCUGAAACCUGCUGUGCAAACAUACAUGUCUGAGAUCUUGAGCACAGAAAUAGCUGAAGAGAUGUUGACCGGUGAAAAUGCAUUAGUUUUUGGAACGAGAACAGCUUUUCAGUAUUCAAUCUUGAAAUAUCUUCUUGAUGAUUUUGAAUUUAAAAUAUAUGCACAUUUUAAUGACCAUUAUGAAUAUUUUGUGAAAGUCUCAAUUUCUAAAAUAAUCACAGAACACUUCUCAACAGAGAACAGAAUGUCAAAACUGGAGGAACGUCUCCUCAGUGUGGUCACCAGAGAAAUAAUACAGGCCAUCACAGACUCAGAGCAAAGCACAGAGACUAAUGACAUCAAGAAAUUCACUCAGAGCUUUUGCAAGAAACUUGAACACAGGCUUGUGUUUCCUAGGGAUGCAGUGGAUGCAUUCAUGUCACUGAGCAAUGUCAAUGAGAAACAAUUUGCAAAAAUGUUGAAAGGUUCUGUGGAGGAAAUGGACUGGUCACUGAAGGAAAGUUAUAAGGCAACAGAUAUUCAGAGCAAACUUGGAAACCUACGACCCAAACCAGAGGACGAACUGUUCAAACGGGUGUGUGGCUGUGGGAAACAGUGCCCGUUCUGUAAUGCACCAUGUGAGGCAGGCGGAGAGGCCCACACCAAACACUUUGUCUCAGUCCACAGACCAAAGGGUCUCGGAGGCUACAAACAUAACCACUCCAUCUGUUCAUCGUCAGUAUACAGUGAAUUAUAUUUUAGUUGCACUGAAACAAAAGGUCAGCGGCAUCCAUACAAGAAAUACAAAGAGAUCUAUCCAGACUGGGAAAUCCAGCCUGACCCCAGCAUUGAAGGCACAGCCUACUGGAAAUAUGUGAUGGCAAAUUUCAAUGAGCAGUUUGCUAAAGUGUACAGUGCAGAGCCUGGAGAUAUACCUUCAUCCUGGAAAACCAUCACUAAGAACCAAGCAGAGAAAAGCCUAAAGUGCACUAAUUAAGUAGCGCUUCUCUGCUUUCUGUUUGAGUUUUUGUGGUGCAUGA